CGCAGAGUAGUGCGGACGUGCCCACAUCGGCUCCCUUUUUCCAAGGUUUUCGGCUGUUUUGCGAAGCCGACCCACGGAAACUAUACCUUUUAUGAAGCGGCAAGUUCCGAGGAUCCCGCAGACAGUGGACUCUUAUCGGUGGGUGGACUUUUCACCAUUUUGUGACUCCUCGAAUCUCUGACCACGCCGCGAGAGCGCCAAGCCUAACGGACUACGCCUACUUAGGCGCGGCAGCGCGAGAAGGCGUAGGCCUAACCCCCCGCCGGCGCGGGCAACCGGCGUUCCAAGCGAACUACUGACCAACAGAAACCAUGCCCGGGGCCAUACUCGUCGAGGGGAUGGAAAUCGCCCCGGAGGAGCUCGAUGAAGCGGGAUGGACGACCGCCCUCGGCAGCAAACGAAAACAACCAACGAGUACGCCGUCAUAUGGCGGGCAACGUGUCACCAAGAAUAUGCCGGCUGGCAGCCGCACGGCCAACUCGCCGGCCAAAAGGUUCAUGAAGCAGGUAACGGCAGCCUCGAGGCUACCGAAAUUACCCAAGGACCAAAUCAAGAUCAUCGUGCGCCCCAAAGGAGGCCUUGACGUUUCCAAAACGGAUAUCAUACUCCUCGCCCAAGCCCUGGCCAUGGCGGCGGCCUUGACGGAACAGCAGACUGCCGAGGACACCGUGUGCCCAAACAAGAUGCAGAACAUUUUGGUUAUCUCUACCCCUCACGAUCAAAACGCGAAGGCGUAUGCUAGAAUCAGCAAGAUACAUACCAAGCUCGGCGCCUUUGAGGUGUCAGCCUACAUUUCUGCCCCUGAUGACGCGUGCAAAGGUGUAAUAAGAAACAUCGACCCUUCAUUUGACGAAGGAGCCCUUAGGAGGAUGAUUCUGAACCCAAGAAACCCUACGGCAUUGGAAGUCAGAAGAAUUAAGAACACACAAGUAGUUGUUAUACUGUUCGACGGCAUGCGAGUGCCCAACACGGUCAUGUGUGGAGCCGCCCUCGUUCCAUGCUUUCUGUACAAACGGCAGAUGGAUGUAUGUUACGCGUGUGGCCACGUGGGUCACCGAGCCGACGUGUGCCCCAGUAGCGAAGAGGAAAAGAAGAAGUGCCAUGGCUGUGGGAAAAUGAAGUCAUCAGAGUCACAAGAGGAGGAACACCAAUGCACACCCAAAUGUGAAGCAUGCGGCGGCCCCCAUAUCACCGGGGAUAGAACAUGCAAACAACGCUACCAGAUCCCAUACAUCGUUAGGCGUCGGCGUCGAAGGCGACGACAAAUGUUGCGAAAAGCACAGAUGGCCAGCGGCGAUGACAUCAGCAUCUCCUACGCAAAGAACUCGGCACACCUGCGGCAGCAUAUGGUGGCUCCAACCUGCAAUCCCGCUCACAAUCGAGGGGGCGCUCUCGCUCCAGGAGGCGAACCGGCUCAGGGAAAGGCGGGAAUUCCAGCGCAUCCAGGUCGAGAUCCCGGUCCCGGUCUCGCUCCCAGCCCGCGAAACGGGCCACGUGGGCCGACAAGGUCAAGGGCUCCGGCACAGCACCGUCGAUGGGAAAGAAGACUACGACGGCCAAAAGAGCAAGCGGCUGUCCAGAGGGCCCACGACAUUGCCGCGGGACUUGAUCUCCCGGUUCCAUCGUGGGCGGAGCCACCGACUUGAUCUUCGGGAGCCUUCGGUUUGGCUCCCCGAGGUCUCAGUCCCUCAGGACUCAAAUAAAGUUCUUGUCAUGUCAUGUCAUGUGGCGGAAAAUA